ACCGUUUCCCGAUAGGGAAAACAUCUGUUUUCCGCUAUGCGAGAGCAACAGCAAAGCCAACAGUGACUAGAAAAGUCCAAAUUUUGGCAAAAUCGUCCUUUAGAAAGGAGAUAGUGGCCUUUCCAGUGUAAAUGCGCUGAAUUGUACGUGAGAUAUUCAUAUAAAACAGAAACGUGCAUUUAAAUGUAUAGUGGAUAUGGUGGUUAAAACUGCAACAUAUUCCGGAAUGAACCUCAAAGGGGAGAUCAGAGAAAGCAUAUCGCUAGAUGAGGACGAUCUGAGCGACGUGGAAGAUGAAGUGUUCAUUAGAGAUGGGAAAAAUGGCUUUAAGUUGGCUGAAGAGCUAAACGUUAAAAGGCCGCUGAUGGCGCCACGAAGACGGUCUGGAAAGCACGAAUCGGGAUCGCGGUUGAAGCCCAGGCCUUCUUGCCGUGCCUGGUGUAAACCUUGUUGCUACGUCUUCCUGUCCUUAAGCGUUUUAAUCGGUCUGAUUAUCUUGGUGGUGGUGCUAGUUUCCAUUUAUCCAUUGCCGCUGGAUCGGCUCAAGGACUGGAUCGUAUCCAAAGCCAACAAGCCGAGAAACCGGGAUGAUCGGCUGCCCUGUUCCAGUUUGAAAAUCACCGAAAUUUGGGCGAUAAAUUUGCCGAAUCUCACCACCGACUCACCAGUUCGGGCUAUCGAUGUAGAUAAUGAUGGCGUUGAAGAUGUCGUUUUCGGAUUUGGAACUGGUGAAAAUGACCAUGUGAUGCCCGACGAUGUUUUUUGCCCGAUUUUCAUGGGAAUGCCUCCACCGUGCAAUGGAGGCAUAAUCGCUCUGAAUGGAAGAAAUGGAGACACCAUAUGGAAGCGGUGGCUGAACGAUACGAUUUUUGGCGUCCACUGUACAGCCGAUGUGAAUCUGGAUGGGACAAACGAUUGCUUAAUUGUGGGAGUAGAUGGGACCAUUGCGGUGAUAGACUCGAGGACCGGCGAAGAUGUUUGGAUGUUGAAUAUGGGCAAAAUGAACGUGUUUGUGGCCAAUUUCAUCGACGACCGCAACGGAGACAAUAUUUCCGAUGUGAUCACGUCGCACUCCUACUUAGAAGAUAAAACCAGCGGGCACAUUAUCUUGCUAUCAGGCAAGUCCGGGCGGGAAAUUAAGCGCGUGCAAACCCCCAAUCGAAGCAAGACGUUCUUCAUGCCUCAACUGUUGAAGCAAAAUGAAAGCUCGUUGAUGGUGCUGUUCGGGACUGGCACCCCCAACUCUCCAGGAAACUUGAGCGUGGUUCCUAUCAACGAUUUGGAGAGUUUGGAAAACAAGUCAACCACCCUGUACGAAGACAAGUUUAAGGGUAUUCUUACCCAGCCAGCGCUCGCCGAUAUAACAGGGGAUGGUGUUCCCGAUAUCGUCGCCUCAAUGUACAAUUCUACCGUAGUGGCAAUCGAUGGCAAAUCGUGGAACACCAUCUGGAGCUACACGUUUACGAAUGGAGUAACCGAUAUGAGCCCAACGCCCGCAUUUUUCAACUUGGACGAAGUGCCGGACUUUUUGGUUGUCUACCAGAAGUACGACAGCAUCUUCCAUUACAAUUACACAGAGACCUCGGUAAUCGACGGACGUACCGGACAACCGAUUUACUCGCCCAUCAGUGGGGCUGUGAUAACCCAAAUGAACGGCCUAACCCUCAGUAUGGAGGGCGAAGGGCAUGACAUUUUCCUGUUCUGGACCAGCGAAUGCUUCAACACCGAUAUCCAAAUAAAUCUGAACACGUACCAAAAAACUCCAGAGUACUUAACAGUGUUCGAUGAGUGCAGGAAAAAGUUCAACUCCUCAAUUAUCCUCAAACUAAACGGGCUGAAUGAAUACCAUCAACCGCCCGGAGUAACGGUGUACGAUUCAGCAUUCAAAGUGGGAACGGAAUACCUGAACUCCAAGUCGCCUCUAAAGGCUCUAAGAGAAUACCAAGCCAGCCAUCCCAGAUAUGAGCCGAGUGAGCCGGAAAAAGCGCCCCCGGAGCAGCAGAAGAGCGAUUGGGGCGAGCACGGGAAAAUCGCCAUCAGAAAAUACGGCAAAUCCAACUUCAGACACAAAGACCGACCCAGUGGAAUAGUAAAGGACUUCAAUGUGGCCCCCAACGCCGAUCAACCACUACCUGAAGAGCCCAGACCGGAUGACUACAUGUGGAUGCCCAAUCAGGACGACUUGGAAUUCUCCAAUUACAACCUAGGAGACGACAAUAUCCCCUACAACCAAAAGCAGAUGCUUUUCGAUGAAAUCGGCUCCAAAUUGCCAGCGAACAAUCGGGAUCCGCGCAGCAAGGAGAAAAACCCCCAGCUGGAAACCCCCGAAGCAAAAUCCGCGCAGUCAAAAAAGAAAAACCUAUCCGAAAAAAUCUUCGGCUACCGCAACGUGCGAUUGGCCAGAGACAGGCUGUUGCACGACGAAGACUCUUUGCCUACGGACAUUCUAAAGGACACCUACUUUAAAAACGAAGAAACCCGCCUGAAGAAAAUGAAAUUCGAACAACGCGACGUCAAUUCGCAUCUGGUCGGGAAAAUGGGGGAUCUGGAAAUCAAAACAACCAUAGACGAACAGAAGAACGACGCCCUGCAGCUGCAGAACCACUCGACCACCUUGUGGGACAUCGAGAGCGAGAACGAGAUGGGGGAGCGCGAAGACAAGGAGAGAUUUCUGAGACGAAAAAGAGGGGUGGAUGUCUGGGAUGUGGCCUGGAGAAGUGCGCCCCGAGUUACAUCAGUUGGUGCCGUGCUAAGUGCCAACGCCUCCAAAAGCCCGUCGAGCUCCAUCGACGUGGUUUUCAUCAAAUACUGGCAGCCCUUAGAAGCGCCGCUAGAAGAUCUUCUAUCUAGAGACCUCCAGGACUGUGUCAGCGACAAAGCUGCCCACACCUCCACAGAAAGCAAGGAGCAAGAAUGCAAAUCGCAACAGGACAACAUGCGGCGCACUUUCGGCUACUUCAACCAACUGGGACAAGUCAAAUUGGGCCAAUUGACUGUGUAUAGAGUACGGGUCCAGUGCGAAUGCGACAAUAGCUUGAAGAAGGGCGCAAAUAAAAAGUGCGUCGGAUUUUUGCCCAAGCAUCUACAAGCUUGGCCCGAGUAUCUUGGGCGGAAGGGCGAUGGCGUUUUUGGAAGUUAGACUGAAGCUAUUUAAACCCGAUUGAUUUUGUCCUUAUGACUUGAACCACUACCUGUACAUAUCUCCUAAUAUUUUAACCUGAAGCUCCCGGUCUGGAAGAUAUAUUUUUUCAAUUACUGUAAAGCAUACCAACGUAAAGGUUCCCUAAACGUGUACAUACUGUAAAUUGAGGCAAAAUUGCGCAUACACUAAUCACCGGGAUUGUUAGCUGUGGAGUGAGUGGACAUCAAUAGAUAGGUAGCAUUUGAUAUGAAUUGUCCCUAGAAAUAGGCUUUUAGUGUUACCGGAAUUGGAACGGAUUCAAUUAUUCUUUAACUCUAACUAGUAUUACCGAAGUCUUCUUUCCACUACCACUUAGGCCAGUAUGUUAAAGUGCAGUAGGCAUAAUAUACGAUAUAGACUAUUUGAA